UAAACGACAAUGAUCACCAUUGACGACGCUUGGAGAAUGCCCCACGACCAUUCUCCAAGCGUCGUCAACGGUGAUCAUCAUCAAAAGUCUCACUCGCCCUACAGCAGAGGGACUCUGUCACAAUUUCAGCGGGUGCAUGUAAAUUGGACAUAUGGCCCGGCGCCCGGGAGAUUGCCCCACCACGUUAUCUGAACGUAAAGUAAACAAUGUCUGCUGUUCGAGUAAAAAGAAAAUCCCAGAAACUUUUGGAUGCAGAGGGAAUCACAACAGCUGAUGCUGGCACACCUGUCGUUCCACAGAAAGUCAGGAAGAAGGAUGAGGAUGGAAAACCAAUACCAAGAAACACACCGAAGGAAGAACGCAAAGGAACGAAGAGUUGUGAGGCCAAGAAUUGUCCGGCAGGCAAACCAGAGUGUUUUGCCAGAUCUGUCAGUGGUUGUGCGGGCAAUGGAUGGACGGCGAGGUGGUACCAUGUGAGCGCUGGCGAACAUUACUGCAAUCCAUGCUUUGAGUUCUACUACAGAGCUCAUCGAGAUGGAUUCGACCAACUCAACCGCUGGAAGAAACAAUGGGCAAAGAACGGAAAAACCGAUCCCGGCCUAAAAGUGUUCAUGGUGAACGAGGUGAUGCCGUACUGGGCGCAGUGUACAAAGUGUGAAAAGUGGCGUCAGGUCGCCAAGUCGGAGAAGCUGACGCCAGAUUUCAGUAAAACGUUCGUUUGUGAUGAGAAGUGUGUUCACGAGAAGAGAGAUGACGAAACAUAUUGUGACGUUCUAGAAGACCCGCGUGUUGCUCAGACAUAUGAUACCCGUUGGAUUGGCUCGAUGACGGUACCAUCUUUCCUCCACUUUUCCCCCGCCGCACCAUUCCUUCGCUCAUAUUUCCCGGACGGUGUUGGAAUGAGCGCCACCGACGACCUGAAUGAUGAAGAAGCAGCAUCUGCUAAAGAUUCCUGGAAUGGAAUUCACCCAGAAGUUCCCGGCGUGAGUCAUUAUUUCCACCCGUUCUACCAACCAAACGAACAGGGCAAAGCACUGAGCACACGACCAGACGUGAUGGAACCAGACGAACGCGAGGAGUUCCCCGAGUUUGUCCGAGAUCAACAGCUUUACCUUGGUUUAAGAAAUCUUGUCUUGGCUUUGUGGAAUCUCAAUUGUAAGGAAUGGCUGACCAAAGAGUUCUGUGGCCGAUACGUGAUUCGUCGCGGGCUAAUCCGUGUCCGAUGUAUAUACGAGUUGGGUCGAAUCAUACGCUUUCUGACCUGGCGGGGCGUCAUCAAUACUGGUCUUCUCCCAGGACUGGCACCAGAGGAGCUGCGACUACCAUCACAAGCUGUAAAGGAUGUUCUAGUGAUUGGUGCAGGCCCAGCCGGUCUUGGAGCAGCCCGACAUCUUCACAGCCGAGGAGCCAAGGUGACUGUGUUAGAGGCCCGAGACAGGACGGGUGGGCGAGUGUUUGAUGACCACACGCUGGGAGUCUGUGUCGGACGGGGAGCACAGAUUGUGAUCGGAUGUGUCAACAACCCCAUAUCACUUAUGUGUGAACAGGCCGGGAUCAAAAUGAAACACAUCAAAGAGAAGUGUGAUCUUAUCGAUGAAGAAGGCAAAACAGCUAACUCCGAGGUUGACCGCCGCAUCGACUUUCAUUUUAAUGCAAUGUUGGAUAUCGUAGCCGAGUGGAGGAAGGGCCGAGACAUCUCCGAGGACGACAAUCUGCUGACGAAAAUCUGGGAGAUGCACAAACAGUUCUUAGAGGAGUCCUCAUUGUCAUUUAGUGAGGAGGACGAGCGACUAUUUCAAUUCCACGUCAGUAAUCUUGAAUAUGCCUGCGGUGCCAACCUCACAAAGGUCUCGGCGAUGCGAUGGGACCAGAACGAAUCCUUCCCACAAUUCAGCGGCGACCACACGAUGAUGACGGCUGGAUAUCAUCGUAUCAUGAAAAGUCUGGGGGAGGGGCUCAACAUAGAAUAUAACACCAAGAUUACCUCAAUAGACUACACAAACGAUGAGAUUGUCGUGACGUCGACCGACGGGACGGAACACAGAGCUGAGAAGGUGUUAGUGACGGUACCGUUGGCGAUCUUACAGAAAGGACUGCUCAAAUUCAAGCCAUGCUUACCCACAGAAAAACUCAAAGCUAUCAAUGGCCUUGGUGCUGGAAUAAUUGAAAAGGUAGCGCUCAAGUUCCCUGAACGAUUCUGGGGUGAUAAGAUCGGUGAAGCGGAUUUCUUCGGCCAUAUAACUCCCACGGGAACGACCAGGGGGCUCUUCAGUGUGUUUUAUGAUCUAUCAGAUCGGACGAGCGGUGAUAACGUGUUGAUGACGUACGUGAGCGGUGAGAGCGUGAGUGAGAUAAAAGAUAAGGAGGAUUCUGAAGUGAUUGCCAUGUGUAUGAAGGUCUUGAGGAAACUGUUCCCAAAACAGGAGUUGCCAGAACCAAGUGGAUAUUUCGUAACGCACUGGGGCCAAGAUGAGUUUUCAAUGAUGUCAUAUAGCUACGUCCCUGUCGGAACGUCGGGGGAAGUCUACGAUGUCUUGUCGCAAGAUAUCGACAACAAACUGUUCUUCGCUGGAGAGGCGACGAUGCGUCACUUCCCUCAGACGGUGACAGGCGCCUACCUGAGUGGUAUACGCGAGGGGAGUAAGAUCCUGGACAGUCUUGCUGAGGAGAUGGUGUUGUGAGUAACGACUGGAAGCUGUAACAUGGCUAAAUGGACCACGUUUGGUUGAUUCUCGACACUCGCAGAGGAAAUGGUCACAUGAAAACCACCGAAAAUCGUCAAGUGUCAGUAUUGUUUACGAAUCAGGAGGUGUAUUCUAUUAAAGUUUCGACAUCGCUUAUGAAAGGUUAGUCUCCUUUUCUGAGGUGUUAACUAAGACUUGGGCGGUUUGAAUCAUAGCUGUGCCGAGUCGCUUUGCAAGUUGCAACAAGGAGUCAGUAUGAGAGUUUUCUAUGGCAUUUACUGAUUUAGCUUUUCAGAAAUGCGAAAUUAUCCUCAUUUCUCAAUGGAGGAGUGGACGUUUUUGCCUCAGCGGCCGUGAUGGAUUGUUAUCACUUUCCAGAAUGUUUUGAAUAAGAAAACAAUGGAGAAUCUGAACGAAAUGUCAACAAAUGCUUGUACAGUCCAGUUGUUUUCGUGUUUUGACUGUGGGUCGGCAGUUUCUUGCAAGGUGGGGUUUUAUUACAAAAACGUUGUUAAAUCUUUUGAGCGCAGUGCCACUCGAUGAGUUCAUUCGUGGCUUUAUGGACUCUUCAAAUGUGAAUGAUUGCUGUUUUCGCUUGGCGUGCAUUUACUCUAAAGUUGUAUGAGGUCAAAUCAUGAUUGAUUAUUUGAGAACUUUCUUCGAUUCAUAGACUGAAUUCAGUCUUGACAAAACCAGAAUGAUGUUACCUUCCAAGAUUCCCAAAACACUUCAGCUUGCAUGUAUACCUUGGUAUGACUGAUGUUUAGUUAAUAUUGAUAUAUAUCACAAUCCAAACAAUGUAAGAGGAGGAUUAAAUCAUUUUAGGACUAUUGAUCCCUGACAUCGUUUGGGUAGUGACACACAUUGAUAUUGAGAAGCUCAAAUCCACAUUUUUUAAAAGGUAGAUAGGAGAAAAGUGUCAUGUGUUCUGCAUUCCGACUAUCAAUGUAAUUUCCUUCACUGCUAAGUCAACAUAAGUCAAACAUAACUGCAUUUAACCAAAAGAUUCAGUGUUUCAAAACCUCCUUUAAUUUCAAUGUAGGAUGCUAAGUUCACUACACAACGUUUUUGUUUUGUUUUACUACACUAAGUUUUUUUUCGUUUCCAAACUUGAAACCUUCUAAAAAUAGAAAAGCUGCACAUGUUGUUUAAAAUGAAGCCGAGACGCGGUCUUUUUAUUGGUCCAGCGGUCCUUCUGCUGCUUCUGCUGGGAAAUCAAGGAUAGAGGCAGUGUCAUUCUCAGUUUGUGGUAAUUCUUAAACGAGUGCUUUGAUGAGAAAUGAAAAUUAAGUUUCUUGUAAUUGCUUUAGGACUUACGGUAACAUAUUUGGCAUUGUUGUGUUCAUAUCAUACUUGUAGGCCUACUAGCCUUAUAUUUUCCCAAGAGAUAUUGUUUCUCUGCAUUUAUUAUGUUAUCUCGUCCUUAAAGUGUAAAAGGUCAAUAUAAGCGGUGACGCCACAAUGUGAAGUUUUAGAGAAUAAAUCGUGUGUAAAUGUG